AUGGUUUCCCGCGCUGCCCCGCUCGUCUUCCCGGCCACGGCACGCCACACGGCGACGGUGAUCUUUGCCCACGGACUGGGCGACUCCGGCCACGGCUGGGCUGCUGCUGUCGAGAACUGGAGGCGUCGCCAGCGGCUGGAGGAGGUCAAGUUUGUGCUGCCGCACGCGCCCAACAUUCCGAUCACGGUGAACGGGGGCAUGCGCAUGCCGGGAUGGUAUGACAUUGUUUCCUUCGACAGCCCGGGCACCAGCCUGCGCGACAACGAGGACGAGGCCGGCCUCGUCGCCUCACGCGCCUACUUCCACCAGCUGGUCCAGCAGGAGAUCGAUGCCGGUGUGCCGGCCGAACGCAUCGUCCUCGGCGGCUUCUCGCAGGGCGGCGCCAUGGCCAUCUUUGCCGGCAUCACGAACCCGCGGCGGCUGGCCGGGAUCGUGGCCAUGUCCACGUACCUGGUGCUCUCGCAAAAGAUCGAGUCGAAGUACCUUCCUAGCCCCAACGCCAACGCCUACACGCCCGUCCUCUGGUGCCACGGCACUGCCGACCCGGUCCUGCCCUACAAGAUGGGUGAGCUGUCACGUGACGCCCUGCGCCGCAUGGGCUAUCCUGUCGAGUGGAAGUCGUAUCCCGGCAUGGCCCAUUCUGCCCUCCCCGAGGAGCUGGACGACGUCGAGUCCUUCCUGUUCCAGGUCUUGCCGCCACAGGCAGGAGGAAAACAGGAGCUGUGA